AUGGCUCCUCAACCCGUGAUUCGAGUCAUUGGCUCGCUCAAUAUCGACUUUGUCACCAGAACACCACGGGUACCGGGGCCUGGAGAAACAUUACAAGCCACCUCCAUGACUGUACAUGCUGGAGGCAAAGGUGCGAACCAAGCAGUGGCAUGUGGCAAGGCAGCAUUCAUUUCCGAAACCACACAAGAUGUUACUGUCGACAUGAUCGGGGCUGUGGGCAAGGGUGAUCCGUAUUACACAUCUCUGCUCAAGCCGACGCUGGAAAAGAGCGGCGUGAGCGCCACAGGCGUGGAAGAGAUUGAGGGAGUGCAAACAGGCACUGCAACAAUCAUUGUGGACGAAGGCUCGAACGGGGAGAACAGGAUUUUGGUUGUGCCUGGGGCCAACCACCGUGUCAAUGACCUGAAGAAACUCAUGCCUAUUAUCAGUCGGGACGGCGAGCCCGAUGUGAUCGUCAUGCAGGGCGAGAUUCCUCGAAGCACAGUGCUGGCACUGCUGAAUGUCUUCAACUCAUCCGAAAAUCGAACCUGCGUCAUCUUCAACCCAGCUCCGGUCUUCCCGGAGGGUAUACCGAUAGCAGCGCUGGCAGGCCUGGCUGUGCUGGUGGUCAAUGAGACGGAGUGUUUGCUGCUCUUCAAAGUGGUGGAAGAACUGAACAGCAUCCAAGUGCCUGAUGAAGGUGACUUGGAAGAGUCACAUCUUGAUCGACUCACGAAACAUCUGCAUGACCUCGCGGGCAUCUCAAUAGUCGUGGUGACUCUGGGAUCACGCGGUGUCUACUACUCGGCUGGCCAGACCAGAGGAAUGGUUUCGGCAGUCAAGGUCAAGAAAGUCGUCGACACCACUGCCGCUGGAGAUACGUUUGUGGGAUAUUUUUCAACAGCACUAGCUCGACAUACGGCCAUGAAGCACGACCUGGAGAGCCUUGAUAUCGCAACAGCUGUGACCAAGGCCAACGAAGCUGCUGCCAAAUGUGUGCAAAGAGAUGGCGCCAUGGAGAGUAUUCCAUUCGGAUACGAAUAG